GCCCGUGGCGCGCGCAGCCGCGAUGGCGGAGGCGUGAUAGCGGCGGGGGCCGGCGGCAGGCACCGUCCCCACAGGGUGCGGCGGCAGCGGCGGGCCGGGCCGGGCAGGGCAUGGAAGUGGAGAAGAUGGAUGAGAAUGAAUGGAAGUACCACGGGGAAGGCAACCAGAGCCUCGUCGUCUCCCACUGCCAGCGCUGCGUGGUGCUGCGGUUUUUGAAGUCCCCCCCAAACCAGAAUAAGACUUCCGAGGAAAUACUACACCAUCUGCAAAACAUCGUAGACUUUGGAAAACAUGUCAUGAAGCAGUUCUUUGGGGAGAACUAUGUUCACCAUGGGGAAAUUAUUCAACUGCCUUUAGACUUCGUAAGACAGCUCUGUUUAAAAAUUCAACCAGAGAGGCCAGAGUCUCGCUGUGAUAAAGAUAUGGACACUCUUAGCGGUUAUGCAAUGUGCCUUCCUAAUCUUACCAGGCUGCAAACCUAUCGUUUUGUGGAACACCGGCCAAUCCUCUGCAUAGAGAUUAAGCCAAAGUGUGGCUUCAUUCCUUUUUCCAGCCAUGUUUCACAGGAGAUAAAGCACAAGGUGUGUCGUUACUGUAUGCAUCAGCAUCUAAAGGUAGCGAACGGAAAAUGGAAGCGACCAAGUAAAUAUUGCCCAUUGGAUCUCUUCUCAGGAAAUAAACAGAGAAUGCACUUUGCUUUGAAGAGCUUACUACAGGAGGCGCAGAACAACUUGAAAAUAUUUAAGAACGGAGAACUAAUUUAUGGCUGUAAAGAUGACCAGGACUUUGCCUGUGACUGGAACGAACUUGCUCGUCACUUAAAACCUUUCUUUUUUCCUUCCAAUGGGUUGGUCAGUGGACCACACUGUACAAGGACAAUUGUUAAAGAACUAAUCCAUGUUAUAACUAUGGCGCUACUAAGUAGUACUGAUGCCUGCAGGGCAGGUGACAUGAAGACAGUUCCCAUUUCACAAGGAAGAAGCUACUGUGAAGCAAGUGCUUUUAAUAAGGAGCUAGUAAGAAAUGGUAAACAUAAAUUGGAAAGCUCUGGCUUACCGAGGGGUUGUAUCCUUUAUAAAACCCUUCAGGCUCAGAUGCUUGACAUGCUGGAUAUUGAAGGACUCUAUCCUUUGUACAGUAGAGUUGAGCAGUACUUAGAGGAAUUUCCUGAAGAGAGAAGUACGUUACAGAUAGAUGGACCUUACAAUGAAGCAUUUUAUGAGAAGCUGCUAGAUCUUUCAACUGAAGAUGACGGGACAGUAGCAUUUGCAUUAACAAAGGUGCAGCAGUAUAGAAUAGCAAUGACUGCUAAGGACUGCUCCAUCAUGAUUGCCCUUUCGCCCUGUCUGCAAGAUGAAUGCUCUGAGCAAAGACCUGUGGUACUAACAUCCAAAUCAAGAUUCACCUUUUCUGUUUCUGUCCUGGACCUCGAUCUAAAACUGUACGAAAGCAUUCCUCAUCAGUACAAACUCGAUGGCAAGAUAGUAAACUAUUAUUUGAAGAAUGUACAGGCCAAAGAUAACCCAGUUAUGUCCAAUCGCUUCAAGGAGAAUGAAGACUGCACAUUAGUUCUCCAUAAAGUGUAACCGUUUCCUUAAGGUUAUUUCUAUUUGAGCACAUUAGAAAGUGAAAGAUUAAUGGAAUACAAUUAUGGUGAUUUUAUUUUUUUUCUAUUGUGUUCAGUGUAUUUUUCAGCUGUGAAUGUUUUUGCUUUAAGAAAUUAUUUCUAAUUGGUAUGCCUUUUCAAAGACAUGGAAUAGCACUAAAACACGCAUUUGCUAUAUAACUUUAAUGAAUGUAUUUAAUAUGACAGAACAGAUAAUGUGCCAUGCCUUGGAACUAGAGGACAGAUCAAAUUAAUACUAAAAGUCUACUUCCUUAGAACUGAAAGAGCACAGAAUUAAUGGUUUUCCUGAAGUAUUGCACUAACAUAGAAAGCCUAAUUAAUAACAAGAGAAUUGCCUCGGAGCUUGCGCUUUGUGUCACUCACACCUACUAGGAAGAGGGAAUGCCCUGACAGAACCUCAUGUAAAACUUUAGCGUUAAGUCCACUGAAAACACAACUGAGGUGGCUGCUCAAGUGUUACUGAUCUAUGGAACUACUGUGUUACUGCAGAACAAUUUUAAGUCCUAAUGCAUGAGAUUAAGCACACCAGACUGCUUCCAGAAGUUUUGUGAUCACCUUGUGUCCACCCAAAGCUUCUGAAACGAAUGAAAAGCUGUUAAAGGUAAGCGUCUUUGAAUUACAUGUGAUAGCUGGGCUUAACUCAUCUGACAUACCCGUCUUUUAUUUUCUGUACAUUAUAUGCUGCUAUUGAAGGUGAAACCACAUUUACCUAAUUUAAAUUGAGCUAUAAGAAUAAUUGAGUUUUACAGAUUAUUUCAGGUCUUUCAGAUUAUGUCCAAUGUUGGCAUUAUUUCACUGAUAAUCCCACACACUGCAUAGCUGCUUUCAGGCUCGUCCUUUUUAAGUGGCGCAGAAAAAAGGUGACAGUAUCUCGACUUUCUGGAGCUGCAGGGGGUCACUUUCUGGAGCUAAGCUGGUAUCGCUGCUUCAGCAACUGAAUGAUGGGUUUGGUUUGUUUUGUGAGAUGUUGCAGUAAAUGCCAUCCUCAAGGAAGAUCCUGGGUUGGAGACUGAGGAUAUAUGCACAGCUGAGGGUACUAUGAUAAAAUUUACAUUUUUAAUCUACAAUCUACAGCCACUUUUUCUGCAUACUUGUGGAUUACACACCAUGAAAUGUGCGGGGAGAGAUGCUGUGAAUUCAGGCUACAGUGAACUGCCGUUACCUGGACACAGAGUAUGUUUACUGCUAAUGUUUUUUCAAAAUAAUGUAGGUUAACAUUUGAAAAAGUAGAUUUAUAUUGGGAUCUCAAUGUAAUGCCUGAAAAUGUCCGCUUCACCUGAAAUUCAGAAGGAAACCCAGAAGAUCCUGUAUGUAUUGGCACAACUGGAGGAACAAUUACGGAAUCUAGAGAACAGGGCUUUGGGGUGGGCAGUGACCAUGAGCACAGUCUCUGGUACUCCAGCACCCGGUGACAGCGUGCGCCUUUCCCCUUUUCUGGGACAGGGUCGGGGGCUGCUCGCACCAAAAUGUGAUACUACGACAGUGCAAUAAGCUGGCAGUUACAGUGGUGAUAACCCCUUCUUUCCAAAGAAAGCCUGGGGGGAGACACAGCUAUUUGUAAAUCCAGAAAUCCUCUAACUGUUAGGCAAGAGGAGGAAGGAUGGACUAUCCACAGCCGGGGAGUUUUCAGUUUCUUACGCUGUAACUUUACACACAUUUCGUAUGCAAAUAGAAGUUUAUGUGCUGAUCACACAGUUUCAUUUUCAUGCAAGAAGGAGCUAAAGAAAUAAACUAAAGGUUACACAAAACUAGCUAAACCAGUAACACGUCAGUGGAUAAAGUAACAAUGAAUUUUGCCUGUCUACUGGAUUCCAAACUUGAAAUCAGUCUGCCUUAUAUCUAACAAGAUAUUUUACUAUAGAGUUGCUGUUCAUCAAAACUUAAUCUCUGGCAUUGCUCAGCUGUAGACUCUGACAGAAACUAGUCUGUCAGUUUUUCCCUGACCUACCGGAACAGUAGGAGACUAUUUCAGUGAUCAAAAUUACAGUAUUAUAAACAUACUGUUGCUGUAGUUCUUGAUUUCUCCACCUAUUUCACCUAUGUAAUAUUUUGUCAUCACUUACAAACAGAGCAGGCAGUUGUGCAGCUUGGAUGGACUUGAAAAGGAGCUCUCUCAAUGUUACUCAAGAGUCCACAGUUCAUGUUUUUGGCCCCUCAAUUCCAGGAAUGACAGUUUUGCUUCCUACCUGAGAAGGACGUGGCUUAGAGUUGCGUGACUUGGGAACGGUCGUUUGGUUGUGAGAGCUGGUGCAGGGCAGGGACUCUCGGAAAACGCUGAGAGUUACAAAUAAGCUGAUGGUACAUCUGAUGGAAGUGAAGACAUCUGUCUAAUCUGUUUUGUUUCUUCAGGGAUGAAUGUUUGAAAUGUGAUGCUUUCGUAACGUGUUACCUACUAGAAUUUGCCCCUAGAAGUAGGAAAUCAAAAGUGCGUGCUGCAGCGAGCAGCAGUUAUCUCAGCCGUCUCUCUUUACAGAAGCGUAGUGGUCCUUUCUCGUUCAGUUUAAUGCCAUCUCUGCUCAACUCUUACAUUGUGGAAAAAAGUUACUUCAUGCAGAUACCCCUUUUUAUUUUUCUUUAAGCAUAGUAUGUCUUUGAAAUCUUCAAAUGGUCUACUUCUACCCUAAUUUAAUGAGAAAGCUAUUUAAUUCUUUUUUCUAGGAGUCUCUUACUGUUCUCUCGUCAUUUUAAAAUCACUGUACUUUUACAGAGCUGUGAAAUGAAAUGGAUUUUUAUGGACUUGAUUUUGACAGUGCAUGAUCU